AUGCCCGACGACGUUGUCCUCCCCAUUCCCAAUCUCGCCCUCCCUCAAAACGUCUUUAUCCUCUCUAAACCGUCCCUCUCCCAUCUACAAGAGGAUGCACGUAAAGAGCUCGCUGCAGGCAUCCAGGCCGAUCAAAUGGCUCCUUACUACCGCAUAGUCACAGGGGCUGGUGCGCUCCCGCUCGAUCAAUCACUCCUGGAUUCAUUGGAAGCAGCAAACAAAGACGAGCUUGAGAAGCUUGAGCACCGUCUCGAAGAGGCCAAGAAAACCGAGGGCGAAUCUGAUAUCGCCGACGCGUUGCAGGCCCGCGCAAAUUACCUCACUAAGAUUGGUGACAAGGACAAAGCGAUCGAGGCACAGAAACUUGCGCUGGAGAAGACGGCAGGGAUGGGCUCGCGAAUAGACAUCGUGCUCACGCUUGUCCGGAUUGGAUUUUUCUUCGGCGACUUUGACAUGAUUAAGAAGCAUCUUGGGGAGGCGGAGGAGCUUGUCGAGAAAGGUGGAGAUUGGGACAGACGAAAUCGCCUCAAAGUGUACCGCGGUCUGCAUUUCCUGUCUACACGACAGUUUAAGCGUGGCGGCGAACUAUUGCUCGAUGCCCUGUCCACGUUCACGGCGACGGAGUUAGUUCCAUACAACGAUUUUGUUGCAUAUACAAUCAUCGCGAACGCGUUGACGCUAACACGAGUAGAUCUCAAGAAGAAGCUUCUUGGAGCACCCGAAGUUACGCAAGUUCUUCCUGAGUUGCCAACCCUGGCAGACCUCAUGAAGAACUUGUACGAUUCACACUACGAUAAAUUUUUCCUUGCUCUUGCGACUCUGGAACAAACACAUUUAAUUCCUUCUCGCAUUCUUUCGCCACACACGCGCUUCUAUGUUCGCGAGAUGCGCAUCUUAGCAUACAAUCAGCUCCUCGAAUCUUACCGCAGUCUUACGCUCGACAGUCUCGCCCGCUCGUUUGGCGUUAGCGUAGACUUUGUUGACAACGAAUUGUCGCGAUUCAUAGCGUCGGGCCGCCUCCACUGUACUAUUGAUAAGGUGAACGGGGUUGUUGAAACGACUCGGCCACCACUCAAGAACCAGCAGUAUGAGACGGUGAUCCGACAAGGAGAUGCUUUGUUGAAUUCGGUACAGAGAUUGAGCAAAGUGUUGUAUUAG